AUGGCCAUUCCUGGAGUAUUAAUGCGUCUUUCUGACAAUGUCUCGCCCAUCGAGAUCCCAAAUAUCGAGGGCAAAUACACACUAAAGGCGGACGACAACAAAACCCCCGGGCAUAACACGGUCUAUUUCCUUAGCGACAUCUCGCCGCUUCUCUCGUCAAAGGAGCAUUAUGACGACGACGCAACUACGAACCUCAGUACUUCCUGGGUAAUCUGUGCUUUUAUCAAUGGCCGGGACACGGAAGGCGCAGGCGAACUGCAAACCAGCCCUCACGUACCGCCCACGCCUCCAGCUCGAGGAUCUGUCCUUGUGAUCAACGGUUCUACUCCCCACUCAGACAAAGAAGCAGACUACCAUGCGUGGUACGAUCAGGAGCAUGGCGCCAAGCUCACUCGGGUGCCUGGCUGGCAAGCGGCGAGACGUUACUCCCUAGCCAAGGUCUAUGGGGCGGCCGAAACGGCGAACUUCUACGGGUUUAAUUUCUAUGAUGAGAAAAAUGGCCUCGGAGGGCCAGAAUGGCAGGCUGGAGUGACGGGAUGGACGCUGCGAAUUAGAAGUAAUGCUGCUAAGCCAAAUAUUCGGAGAGUGUGGAAGGUGGAGGGAACACAGUGA